UUAUACUGUGAAGAGAGUCAAAAAAACAGAAAGAUCAGAGACCCACUUCACAAAGUAGAAAAAACAACAGAUCCCACUCUCUCUCUAUAAACAUUCUCUUUCUAUAGUUUCUUUUUCAAGUGUUGUCUUUGGUUAAUAUUUCACUAAUUAAAAAAAGAACUGCACAAAAAGAAAAGAUAGUGUUUUUUUUAGUUAUCUAUACUGUAUGUUUGUGGAUUUGCUUUUCUUUAGAUUUUUAUUUUUAGUAUAGUGUGUAUAGUGAUUUCAAGCUCUUUUUUUUUUUUUUUGACUGGCCAGCUUCAAAAUCAUUAGUUAGCUUUCCUUUUGUCUUCAAAAAGCUCCUCUUUUCCUUCAAUUAGUGUGUGCAGCUGCCUUCAUUCUUCUUCUUCUUCUUCUUCUUCUUUCUCUAAUUAAUCACAUCUUUUGUAUUAGGGUUUUGACUUUGUUAUUGGAAAAAAAUGUGGGUAAGUGUUGGAAUUGGAAUGUAAUGAGAAAUGAGAAAUGGGUUGUGUGUUCGGGAAACAGGUAACUCCGAAAAAGGCGGAAGCCUUGGGGGCUGAGAGAGAUGGGAGGAGAAGAGAGAGAGAGGAAGUUAGGGUUUCAAGACUAGAAGAGGAAAGUGGUGGUGAGGUUAUUAGAAAUGGAGGACAUAAUGGGAAACAGAAAAAUGAAGGGGAAGUAGUAGUAGUAGUAGAAGAGGAGGAAGAAGAAGCUGGGACUGGGCGGGUAAGGCCUUCUAGAAAUGAGAGAAGAAGGACCUCAAGAUCAAAUCCUAGGUUAAGUAAUCCUCCCAAGCAUGUACAAGGCGAACAGGUUGCAGCUGGAUGGCCUUCUUGGCUCUCUGCUGUUGCUGGUGAAGCUAUCAAUGGAUGGACUCCGCGACGUGCUGAUACUUUUGAGAAGCUUGAUAAGAUUGGGCAGGGUACAUAUAGUAAUGUAUACAAAGCUAGGGAUACUUUGACAGGAAAAAUUGUGGCAUUAAAGAAGGUUAGGUUUGAUAAUUUGGAGCCCGAGAGUGUAAAGUUCAUGGCUAGGGAAAUUUUGAUUUUGCGCCGUUUGGAUCAUCCCAAUGUUGUCAAGCUGGAAGGUUUGGUGACUUCAAGGAUGUCUUGUAGUUUGUAUCUUGUUUUUGAAUACAUGGAGCAUGAUUUGGCUGGACUUGCAGCAAGCCCGAACAUCAAGUUCACAGAGCCUCAGGUCAAGUGUUAUAUGCACCAGUUAUUAUCUGGCCUUGAACACUGUCAUAACCGCCAUGUGCUGCAUCGUGAUAUUAAGGGGUCGAAUCUUCUUAUUGGCAAUGAUGGAAUCCUUAGAAUUGCUGACUUUGGCUUGGCUUCAUUUUUUGAUCCUAAUCACAAGCAACCUAUGACUAGUAGGGUAGUUACCUUAUGGUAUCGACCCCCAGAGCUGCUUCUUGGGGCCACUGACUAUAGUGUGGGUGUGGACCUCUGGAGUGCUGGUUGCAUUCUUGCUGAGCUAUUGGCAGGGAAGCCUAUCAUGCCUGGUCGUACUGAGGUGGAACAACUACACAAGAUAUUUAAACUAUGUGGUUCUCCUUCGGAAGAGUAUUGGAAAAAGUCAAAGCUACCACAUGCAACCAUAUUUAAGCCCCAACAAUCAUAUAAGCGAUGUAUAUCAGAGACUUUUAAAGACUUUCCACCGUCGUCUCUGCCACUAAUUGAAACACUUCUUGCAAUUGACCCAGCUGAACGUCAAACUGCUACUACUGCCCUGAAGAGUGAAUUCUUUACCACCAAGCCUUAUGCUUGUGAGCCUUCUAGUCUUCCAAAAUAUCCUCCGAGCAAGGAGAUGGAUGCUAAAUUACGUGAUGAAGAAGCUAGAAGAUUGAGAGCUGCCGGAAAGGCAAAUAUUGAUGGUGUGAAGAAGUCACGUCCGCGUGAUCGACCUGUAAGGGCAGUUCCAGCUCCAGAAGCCAAUGCUGAGCUUCAAGCCAAUCUUGAUAGGCGGAGGUUAAUAACACAUGCAAAUGCAAAGAGCAAGAGCGAGAAAUUUCCUCCCCCACACCAAGAUGGAACACUUGGUUAUCCUCUGGGAUCUUCUCAUCAUAUUGAUCCAGUCUUUGAUCCCCCAGACGUCCCCUUCAGUUCCACAAACUUCUCAUAUUCAAAAGCACAUAUUCAGACUUGGUCAGGCCCAUUGAUGGACCCUGCUGCAGUUGGUGCCCCAAGGAGAAAAAAACAGAAAGAUAAGAAUGUUCGGGUAAGAGAAAAGGAAGGCGUGUAAUACAAUUCCUGUUUAUAGGUGAGACCAUUCAUGAGGCUGCAAAAGCUGCAAAUCCAGCCUUUCAUGUAUGCAUUCUGGGAAAGCCAGUCAAUUGCAAGCAGAGGUAAAAAUAUCUUUAUAUUCAUUCUUCUGAUCCAUUGUUCUAUUAUUUUGUGUUGUGAGAAGUUUCUGUAAUGCUGUACAUGUUCUUCGGUUUUCUUGUGGAAAACUGUAUUAGAUUAGUGGAAAAAUUAAUAAACUUGUAUUUGGAACCCACUUUUUUUUUUUUUCAGGCAUUUGUUCUGAUUUUUGCUAGUUCAUGAAGGAUACUUAUAUAUUUUAGUUCGAUUACUGUUUGGGGUA